CGGGGCUGCGGCCGCGCGGGGCCGGGCGCGCGCUCGCGGCGGGAGAGGGGCGCCCCCUGCCGGAGAGCGCUGAGGGAAGGGCAGCGCCACCAUGGGCUCUGUGCGCUCCCUGGCCGCCCUCAGCGCUGCCCCCAGCCCCAGCAAGGCCGAGCAUGAGGAGCAGGAGGAUUUCUUGGCCAGCCAGGAGCCCGUGGGGGACGUGGCCAAGAUUCCCUACAUGGAAUUCACGGGCCAGGACAGCAUCACCUGUCCCACCUGCCAAGGCAGCGGCUGCAUCCCCACAGAGCAGGUGAACGAGUUGGUGGCUCUGAUCCCCUACAGCGACCAGCGGCUUCGUCCUCAGAGAACGAAGCUCUAUGUGCUGCUGUCAGUGCUGCUCUGCCUGCUGCUGUCUGGCUUGGGGGUUUUCUUCCUGUUCCCCCACUCUGUUCUGGUGGAUGAUGAUGGCAUCAAAGUGGUCCAGGUGUGGUUUGACAGGAAAAACUCUGCUGUCCUCCUGGCCAUCACGGCCACCCUGAGGAUCAGGAAUUCCAACUUCUACUCGGUGACAGUGAGCAGCCUGAGCAGCCAGGUGCAGUACAUGAACACCGUGGUGGGCAGCCAGCAGCUCAGCAAUGUCUCCAGCAUCCAGCCCCUGAGGGACAAACUGGUGAAUUUCACCGUGAAGGCAGAGCUGGGUGGAUCUCUGUCCUAUGUGUAUUUUUUCUGCACUUUGCCCAAGGUGAAGGUCCACAACAUCGUGAUCCUCAUGAGGACCUCGGUGAAGCUCUCCUACAUCGGGCACAGCACCCAGAGCACCCUGGAGACCUUCCACUACCUGGACUGCAGCUCCAACUCCACGGCCCCAGGGGCACCCUGAGGGCACCCUGGGGACCUGGAGCCACCUGGAGUGGCAGCAGAGGGACAAACCCAGCAGCCCUGGGCUCUUUGGAGCUCCUUGGAGCCUUUUGGAGCUCCCUUUGGGGCUCCUUCCCUUCCUCUUUGGGAAGGAAUCUGGAAUUAAGGGCUGAAAUCCUGAAGAUUUACAGGGUUUGCACCUGUUCUGGAAGCACUGUCAGGGUGUUCUGGGGUGAAUGGAUUUGAUUUUUUUCAGGGGAAAUGCAAUUUGUUUCGCUGCUCAGUGGUGGCAGCACCUCAGGACUCCCAAAAAAGGGACAGUUCCCACCAGGAAUGUGCCUCUGUUUCACCUGGAAGGAGGCAAAGGAACCCAAAUCUUUGGAGUUAAUUUUUCCUCCUUUUUCCCCCUGUGGCUCCGACCCCUCUGGCAUCCAGAGGCUCUUCCCUGGGGUUUGAAAUCCGGGAAUUUGCUGCUUUUUGUGCUCCACUUCCCAAAGCAGCAGGGAUUGGAGGGGGUUCUGUGGGAGGCUGGGAUUCCAAGGCCUCCCUGCCGGGAGCUGGACAUUCCUGCCCGCCGCUAUCCCGAGGAAAAUCCAGCUGCCAGCUCGGCCCCCGCAGCCCUUUGGCACUUUGCCCCUUUUUGGGAGCUUUUUUCUGGAAGUUCAGCCCUUGUUUCCCGUGGGACUUGGGAGCCAGGCACAGCUACAGGUGAGGGAAUCCUUUCCCAGUGGAAAAAUUACUGGAUUUUUGGGUGACAGUGGCACAAAAUCCACACGUUGCUCCCUUUUCCAACAGGAGAUUCCUGCCCCUGCAGCUUUUUUAGGGCUGAAUCCUCCAUUAAACCUGAUUUGGAUCUUUGC